CGUAAGAGUAUGACCUGAAAACUGUAACGGAGUGAAGGUUCAUGACCCCGCCUAUUGGAAAAAUUAUUUAAUCAUGGCUAGCGAUUUAGGUCUAAGUGAAACGGUUUUACGCAAUUCUAUGUCAGAACAUGAAUUGAAUGGUAAUAACCAAUUUAAUCAAGAGGAAGUUAAACCAAGAUGGGGCCCACAACAUGCCGGAGCAAAGGAGUUAGCAAGUCAAUACACUGCAGGCAAGAGACUUCAGGAGACAUUAUGUGUGAUAGUAACACUCGCUGCUAUGGCUUUCAAUUUUUGCCAGUUAUUGUUACACUUCACAAGUGCAAAUUGGAUUGUCAUAUUUGGUGCUGCUUUGCUGGGUGUACUAUCAGCUGAUUUCUUAAGUGGACUUGUACAUUGGGGAGCAGAUUCCUAUGGCUCGGUGGAAAGUUUGUUUGGCAAGUCAUUUAUACGACCAUUUCGGGAACACCAUAUUGACCCAACAUCAAUAACAAGGCACGACUUUAUUGAGACAAAUGGUGACAACUUUGCCGUCGUCAUGUUGCCACUCCUUUCAAUGGCAUACAAAUUCUGUACUCUAAAUAAUGAGGAAAUUCACGAGACAUAUAACUGGCAGAUGUAUAUAUUUUUAUUGGCUAUUUUUGUGAGCCUUACAAAUCAGUUUCACAAAUGGUCUCAUACAUAUUUUGGCCUUCCAAAGUGGAUCACCACAUUACAGGAUCUACAUAUUAUUCUGCCACGAAAGCACCAUCGUAUUCACCAUGUUGCUCCUCAUGACACGUAUUUCUGUAUCACGACGGGCUGGCUCAAUUUCCCAUUGGAAAAAAUCGGUUUCUGGACCAAAGUCGAGGCCUUGAUAGAAAUUGUAACUGGAGUAAAGCCAAGAGAAGAUGAUCUUAAAUGGGCAAAGAAACUGUAACAUCAGUACCUAUAGGCCUUUUUCUAACUAUUAGGAUUUUAACUAAAUUUUUACAGAUACUUUUUAGCUUUUUGAACAAAUUGUAAAGACUGCAGUAAAACUUGGAUGUAGUGUGGUAGUGAGAAAUCUUCAUAUGUAAUUUUUGUAGGAUUAAAGAAAAACAAUCUGUAAUAUGUCUGGUAUUUCAUUACAGAUACAUAUAUUUAAACUGGCAGAUUUUUAUACUUUGUGCAAUGUGCAAGUUUUACUGCGGACAAGAAUGUGAUUGCUUAUCUUUAAAGGAGUUUUUUUUAGCGGUUUUCUUUUUUCAUUACACAUUAUUAUGCAAUGUUUCGAAAUUAACUUUUUUAUUACUAAGAUUUGUUGGGAGCAGGUUAAAACUGUUUAAAGAUUAGCGUAGACCAAAAUUUUAAGAAUGUUGGCUUUUUAUGAAAUUCAAGACCUUUUUUUCUCUGAAAUGUUGUUUAACUUUAUUUAGAUGGAUGUUUUUAGUCAUGACUGCCCAGGGCAUUAAUUUGUGUUAAUUUUCAUUGUUGGUGUUUUGUCAGAAAAAUAAGGUUAUUGUUUUCUUAAAAAUGAAAUAUUCUCGUUUAACAUUUAAAUUAGAUUAAGUUUUUUAUGUUAUUGACUAUGAUACAAGAGGAUUAAUCGGUAUCCUAUUGACUGACAAAGGUUAAUGUUAUUACCACAAUGAAGUUAUUUGAAUUUUAAGCAUUAUUUGUUGUGUUUUUUUGUUUUUUUAUACAAUUUCUUAUUACAUUUUUAUAUAUGGUCUAAAAUAUGUUUGUUCUCUUUUUCUUUAGUUAAAGGCCCAGGAAGAAAUUGCUUAAAGUGAUUUGGUCUAUAAUGAAAGGUAAUACAAUGAAUAAUUAAUUUGACAGUGUUCACUAUUAAACAUAACUGUAAACCACAAAAGAAUUAUACAUCAUAUAAUUGUUAAUUCUACAUCACUUUAUCGACUUGUUUUUCCAAGCAACAUUUUAUCAGAAUAUCCAAAUGAUACAUUUCUUUUGCUUUUAUCAAUAUUUGAAAUAAUUACGGAAAGUUUGCCCAUUGUAGACCUAUCCACUUUAAGGUAGAUUCAGCUAAAUUAUGUGAAUUUUGCUCCAAAUUUUUUGCUUGAUCAAUCAUUCAGUUAAUCAGAAUUAUUGAAAUCAUCUCUUCAUAUAUAAAGCUGUACAUUUAGUGUUGUCAUUUUAAAGAAAUCAUAAAGAUAGGUGCCUUCACAUUGUUGACUAUUUAUCAUAGGAAUAUUAUAAAAAUAGAUGUUAUAUAGUAUCAUUAUAAGAUUGUGAGAUAGACCCUGCAGUAAUAUAGUACUAUAAUGAUGUAUGUAAACAUUGCACCUACUAUACUUUAAUGAUUAUUUACUGUACCGAAAACAUUGUUAAUGUAUAGAACUAAGUACAAUGAAAUUUGUCUGUACUAGAAAUUUUGUUAGAAAUUGGUGAUAUAAAUGUAUCAGGUUAAUUGAAUUAAUGAUGGGGAAAAAGUGUUUGAUAACAAGUUUACAGAUGUAGUUUCUAGUAAAUAUUUGAUCUUACAUGGCAUGAAAUCCAGUUUUUUUUUUACAUGUAUUGUUUUUGAAAAGAUAUUUUAAGAUAGGCUUUGUAGCCAAUCUUUUUACAUUAAUAACUUCAGGUGCUUUAAGGUAUUUGAUUUUAAGUAAUUUA